AUGUUUAAACAAAUAAUAAUUAUUACUAUAAUAAUAUUCGGGCUCGUCCAUGUCGACCUAAGUUAUGGAGCCAAGACAAAGAAAGGAUGGUUGUUGGAGAAUGAUGACUUUGUUAAGAAUAUAAAGGUUGCCCUGGAUAAUUAUACUUUCCCAACUUUUGUAGACCAGGGUCCAUCAUUCUUUGAACACGUCAACCGGGUUAUCAACGGAUUGUACACCAAUGGAAUAGGUGCCGCACUAGUCUCUACAAGAUUCGCCACAUCCAUCUGGCGUUAUGUCUCCACACACGAGGACCCCUUUGUCACGGGCGUGGUCGAUGUCACUGGAGACUACUCCAACCUUCUCCAAUCAUUCGUUGAUCCAUCGUCCAGACUCUAUAGUACCAACACAUCGGACCCCAUGAGGAUCAGUCCAGUGCCAUACCAAUACGUCUACACAGCCGCCCUCGAGUUCACGAGCACCUUGAAUGCGUUCAAUGCUGCCCCGACGAACCCCCAGAAUGGCAUCAACAUCCGUUAUGCCAUCGACCAGUUCUCCGCACUUCUCCAAGAUAUGCUCGCCGUUGGUGGUGAGUUCCGUAAGAAGCCACUCGAGCAAUUGCCCAUCUUCUCGUUGGCGGCCACAUCACACGUACUCCUGCUGACCGACAUUGCUCGUUGGGGCACACGUUGGGGUUUCUCGACGCAGAACAUCACGACCUACCGCACGCUCUACUCUGACCUCGUCCAAGACUACGCCUAUCACGCCCUCGGCACGGUGUACGGCGAUGCCCAGGACAAGAUCUACCAGCUCGGCGACUUUGACGGCUCAGGACGAUUCGACAACUACCAAGAGUAUCGCCGCAUGUUCAUCCCCAUUGUGUCGGACUUUGUCGCCAUGUGGUACAACCUUGACCCAAAGAUUGCCCAGGUCCGCGGAUUCCAUGCUGAGCGCGUCCGUUUCCUAUUCUCCAACACCAUUGGCUACAGCAUCGACCCUGACAUCAUUGAAUCGGAGAAUGUGAGUGACUACCUGAGCCCAACAUACGAUCGUCUCCAAGAGUUGUGGUCGGGCCUUGAGCAGGAGCAAUACCGUGGCGAGUUGGCAACAUUGUUCAUCACACAUAAGGACAACGAGAUGAUCUACAGCAUCCAACCAGUGUACACCAGUAGUCGUCCAAUGACCGCGGCAAGCAAGCGUGAGGGUGUGGAGGUGGGUGCCUCCAUCACUGACGACUCUGACUCUACAUUGAUCAAACAGAUCAAGUUUGGUCCGUCAUCCAACACACAGAACGUCAGCUUCCACUAUGAUCAGUUGCCGCGAAUGAUAUCAUUCUCGAACGGAAUAGGCGGUAUCAGUCUGGAUAGACGCUGUCGUCCUGCCGACGACUUUUGCAACUCCUUCUACGGUGCCUUGGGUGACCGUAUCAGGGACAGCCUAUCGGUGCCCGCGCACAAGGUUGGCACCGUCUUUGGUUGGGGUGUCAACGAGCGUAGCACACCAGUCCCCGCGCUUGACGCCAUGACUGUCGGCAUGCUGCCAUCCAAUGUCUUUGCCAACAAUGUUGUGCUGAAGUCGGUCACCACUGUCAUUGAUGCGCAGAAGUACUUGUCGGUCAAUGGCAGCACGUUUGAGGUUGAUGCCGAUGGUCCUGGCCUGCACACGAUGUUCAUCCCUGCCAAUGGCUCGAUAACCUUCCGCUUCGAGUCGAGUCACACUGCCAACCAAGCAUUUGACCUGUACCUGCGUGUGAGCACUGGUUCCAAGGUGGCCAACUCGCUAAAGAUGUCCAAGAACGGUGUUGAUGUUGCUACAUUCGCUCUACCAUUCAUCUCUAGAAGUGCAAUAGUUGAAACAUCACCAGACUAUGACAUCAUACUAAGUCCCAACGUAAACAACAACCUCUACACUUUCACUGCACUCGGUAGUCACGUUCGAUUAACAUCCAUUAUAUUUGUUCCCAAGUAG